GACUCAUCGGACGUCUCACGUCACUAACUUGACGAUUUACCAUCUCUACCACAAAGCAAAACAAAACAAAGCUAUAUUUACAUCAAAACUUUGACAAUUGGACGAAAUGUCCUUCGAUGUCCUUGCCACGACGCACCCACCCAACCUUGGAUGCCCCAAAAAGGAUGUAGGAGGCACGCCCCAUCUCCGGCAGACCGGAGUCUAUUCCUGGUGGAUUAGGAUCGGCUCAUCUUUCCGCCCAAGAAACACUCAAGGCCAAUCUCAGACCGUCGCCCAGAUGAAAAGCGGUCAAAGCGGCAACAACCGAAGGGAAAUUUUUAGACGCUUAAUACUACAAGUGUCAGGCAAAAAUCGCCGCACGGCACUAAAUUGGAGGCGUUUGCCAACCGGGUCGCCUAAUCCUGAGGAGCUCCAAGGGAAAAGAAGGGACGUGCUGAAAAUUUAGUUGGACGCGCGGCCCGGGUUCGGAAUUAAGCCUCUAAUUUUAGAUUAGAUUUCACAAGUUCCUCGUCGGAUGUGGUUGAAACUGCAGCCAGAAUGCAAAAAUCGCUAGCGGCGAAAACCAGCGCGAGUCCGCACGGAGCCAAUUGGUCCGGAGGAUAGCGCAGCGUCCGCGUAAGAGGGGCCGGAGGCAGUGCGUCGGUGGACUUGGAGAUGACCACGUGGCCAGCGCGGGCAUUCGUUCCCGGAACGGACUCACCGAGGAAAUCUCCGUAUCUGGCCGUCUCGGAGGCAGUCGCUGUAGCUGCUGGCGCUGGAGGCUGCUGCGGCUGAUGCUGCUGUGGCUGAUGCUGCUGCGGCUGAUGCUG